AUGUGGCUCGUUCCAUCUAUCGGCCCCGAUCUUGCCGCGCUCUAUUUUGGAGAUGAAUCCACACAAUCCAACUCCAGCCCAUCUCGCCGCAAUGGUGAUAGGAAACCCAUCUACCGUGGCUUCGCGCCCCCACGCAGAGAUGAAGUCGCCGAAUGCGACGAAUUGGAACACUCUAUUCGCAUUGCAAAACAUAACAUUGCCACCUUUGGCUACACGUGGAUCGUCCCGGCUGGAUGUACUAAAACCAUGCAGCAAUUAAAGGAGGAAGAGGUUGAGCGCGAAGAGGCCAUGCUAGCCGCCCAGGCUGAAAUGAAUGCUCAAAAUAUGAUGGAGGAUGCUGAAGGCAUGGAAGGUGAAGAGGAUGAGAUUAUGGAGCGUGAUCUGGAUGAGGAAAUCCCUGAUGCUGAUGUGGAAGGCCUUAUCGAAGAUGGCGAGGAAGGCCUUGAAGAGGAGGACGACGAGGGUUACAUGGAGCGUGACCUGGAUGAUGAUUUCCCCGAGGGAUAUGCUGGAGACGAGUACGAGGAAAGUGGUAUCUAUGACGAGGAGUACAACUUCGAUGACCAGCCUGAUCUGGAUGCUGAGAUCCCUGAAGAUACUGCCGAGUUAAUGAGUGAAGGCAUGAGCCAGGACCUGGAUGCUGAUAUCUCUGACGCUAGCGAUGGCUUGGAGCAGGAGGGUGAAUGGCAACAUACCGAUACGGAGGAUGAGUUUGACGAGAGCGUGGUCAAUGUAGAGGCCGUCCGUGCCCACUUCAGAACCAGUACUCCCAAUAGCCGUGGUCCACUGUCUACACCCCCUGUUCGCGAGGAGACAGAAGCCCAGCGACGCUUCCUGCAGCGCUGGAGUGGUGGAGGUGACACCACCAUCGAUUCUAGUCUGCUUUAUGAUGACGAUAACUUGCGUGCCUCGGUCACCAGCCAGGGCAGUCAGCGCAGUCUACGCAGCCCACGGAGCCCACGCAGUCCACAAACUCAAGUCAGUCCACAACCUCAACGCAGCCCCCAUAGCCCACGCAAUGGAUUCAGUCGUCGAUUCCCCCGACAUGUGGGUGGGCCGAGAGAUAGUCUUACUUGA